CACCGUUGGUCCGCGGCGGGGGAUUCGAAGUCCUGCGCGGGGGCCGCGGACGCCGGGCCCGGCGCGGAGCAGUAUGACGCAGUCGGUGGUCGUGCAAGGUGAUGCCCGCGGAAAGAGGGCGGCCGCGCGUGGCCGUGCUUCCUGCCUCACUGCUGUUUUCUUUCCUUCCGUCCCCCGCUCGCAGUCGGCCAGUGCGGAAACCAGAUCGGCUGCUGCUUCUGGGACCUGGUGCUGCGCGAGCACGCCGCGGUCAACCAGAAAGGAAUUUAUGAUGAGGCAAUAAGCAGCUUCUUUAGAAAUGUGGAUACGAGGGUGAUUGGUGAUGGUGGCAGUAUUUCCAGGGGAAAAAUUCGUUCUUUAAAAGCACGAGUAAGAUAUAUAUGCUGGAUUCUUGUUGAUAAAAUACUCUUCUGUAACUAUUGCUGUCUUGAUUGAUAUGGAAGAAGGGGUAGUAAAUGAGAUUCUACAAGGUCCAUUAAGAGAUGUCUUUGAUAGCAAGCAGCUCAUCACUGAUAUUUCUGGCUCAGGGAAUAAUUGGGCUGUAGGUCACAAAGAUUUUGGCAGUCGUUAUCAAGAACAGAUUACAGAGAAGCUCAGAAAAUCGGCAGAGCAUUGUGAUUGUUUGCAGUGCUUUUUUAUAAUACAUUCCAUGGGAGGAGGAACAGGAUCUGGACUAGGCACAUUUCUUUUAAAGCUGCUUGAAGAUGAGUUUCCAGAGGUAUACAGAUUUGUGACUUCAGUUUAUCCUUCUGGUGAGGAUGAUGUCGUAACCUCACCGUACAAUAGUGUCUUGGCAAUGAAGGAGCUUAAUGAGCAUGCGGACUGUGUGUUGCCCAUCGACAACCAAUCUUUAAUUGACAUCAUUUGCAAAAUUGACCUCAUGGUGAAUUCUGGAAAGUCCCGUACAACUAUAAAGCCAAACAGUCUAAUUACUUCAGGAGCUGGAGCUUUAAAAAAGCAGCAGGAGAAGCCUUUUGAUGCAAUGAACAACAUUGUGGCCAAUUUGCUGCUCAACUUAACCAGCUCUGCAAGAUUUGAAGGGUCCCUUAAUAUGGACCUCAAUGAAAUCAGCAUGAAUUUAGUUCCCUUUCCUCAACUACAUUAUCUUGUGUCAAGCCUCACACCUUUAUAUACACUGGCAGAUGUCCACAUCCCUCCUCGAAGGUUGGAUCAGAUGUUUUCAGAUGCAUUUAGUAAAGAUCAUCAACUAAUUCAAGCUGACCCCAAACAUAACCUUUACCUUGCCUGUGCCCUCAUGGUGAGAGGAAAUGUACAGAUUUCUGAUCUCCGCAGAAAUAUUGAAAGAUUAAAACCUUCACUACAGUUUGUAUCCUGGAAUCAAGAAGGCUGGAAGACCAGCCUGUGUUCAGUACCGCCUGUGGGCCAUUCUCAUUCCUUAUUAGCUUUAGCAAAUAACACAUGCGUGAAGCCUACCUUUGUGGAACUGAGAGACAGAUUCAUGAGACUCUACAAGAAAAAGGCUCAUCUUCAUCACUACCUACAAGUUGAAGGGAUGGAGGAAAGCUGUUUCACAGAAGCUGUGUCAUCUUUAUCCACACUCAUACAGGAAUACAAUCAUCUGGAUGCCACAAAAAAUAUGCCUGUGCAGGAUUUGCCCAGACUAAGCAUCGCCGUGUAAAGGGAAAACCCAGGCCCGCUGGCAAUGGCUGGGCACAUGCUUUCCAUGUGGAAGCCCCAGGUUUAAUCCCUACCAUGCCCACAGGCUCCCCUGAGCAUUUGAGUGUGGUCCCAAAGAACUCAAUAUAUAUCUUUUCUUAAAUUCACUUUGUUGUUUUUUUUUUUUAAUCACUUGAUCUUUCUGUUUCAGCAUUUUUGUGAUGUAGAAAGCCCAGUUUGUGUUUUGGUUUUUUUUUUUUUUCAUGUUAACAAGAAGAAUUUUUGUAUUUUCUAUUUCAUCACAAUUUGCUACUGGCAUGUGAAAAUAGUGAUAUCCUAAACUCUAUCAAACAUUUUUCAUCAGAGAAUUCCCCUUUUCUAAAAUUAAGAGAAUAGUUUUUUAAUACUUUAUUUAUGGUUUUAUAUUUAGGAAUUUAAUGAUUAUGGCUUGAUUUGAAAGUGUGCAUAUAUAUUUUUAUAUUUGUUUUGUAUUUUAUAUAUUUAUUUUUAUAUAUUUAUAUCCUAAGUCUCCUGCUUUAGAAAUAAAGUAAAUACUGGAACAGUAUAAAUAUUUUUGUAUAAUAUCCACUAACUUUUCAGGGUCACUGCAUAAUUGUUACCACCACAAGAUCAUCACAUCCUAUUUAAUACAAAAAUUGGUUUAUAAUCAUUCAUUGCCUAAUUAUCAUAUGGUAUAAUCCUGUUUAUCAGACAACUUAAAAGUUAAACAGUGGCAAUGCAGUCACCAGUGACCUGUGGAUAGAUGCACAUUGGUCUUACACUGAGCUGCCCCACGGUACAUUGUCAGUGUGUAAAUAAACCCUUCAAAAAAUACUUCAAAACCUUUUUCUGUUACAAGUAGAUGAUGAGGGGUGAUCACCAGUUGAUGCCCAUUGGUAAUACGAAGCGUCCAUCCAUAAGACUCUUAAGCAUGUGGGCAAUUGAGAGUUGGGACUGUGUGAGACAUGAAAUCGUUGUCAGAAGCAUCAAAAGACAGGAAUUUCUAAUGCACUGAUAGAUCCGGGGAGCACGGACCGUGGCAGAGUGAGGAGUAAAUAAACACAUCUCUCUUAUGGAAUGAGUAGCACUGAGGUCAGUGCUCCACAUAAGCCAAUGGACAGCAAUUUUUGCAAUUUUUAAAAAUUUUCUCUAAGUCAGUACUUAAUAGUGUAAUAAAGUUUCUCAAGUUUAAUAUUGUGAAUAUAUUACACAGAUCAGUAACAAGUAUUUUUUUCAGGCCAGAAAAAUGUUCACUUGACUUCCAUCAAAUGAUGUGUGGACUUAGGAUUACACAAUUUUAAUAUAUAUACACAAGCUUUAUGCAUCCUAGUCUUGCACGAAAGCUUUUUUGUCAUUGUCACUGUCGUCCCAUCGAUUGCUCAUCGAUUUGCUCGAGUGGGUACCAGUAAUGUCUCCAUUUUGAGCUUUGUUACUGUUUUUGGCAUA